AUGCUGCUUCUGGGAGCUGUUCUACUGCUACUAGCCCUGCCCAGUCAUGGCCAGGAAACCAUUGAAGGGCCUGAAGUCCUUCUUCCCGUGCCCAAGGGGGCCUGUGCAGGGUGGAUGGCGGGCAUCCCAGGGCAUCCUGGCCACAACGGGACCCCAGGCCGUGAUGGCAGAGAUGGCACCCCUGGCGAGAAGGGUGAGAAAGGAGAUCCAGGUUUUGCUGGUCCUAAGGGUGACACAGGUGAAACUGGAGUGACUGGGGUUGAAGGUUCCCGAGGCUUUCCAGGAAUCCCAGGCAGAAAAGGAGAACCUGGAGAAAGUGCCUAUGUAUACCGCUCAGCAUUCAGUGUGGGACUGGAGACCCGGGUCACCAUUCCCAACAUUCCCAUUCGCUUUACCAAGAUCUUCUACAAUCAGCAAAACCACUAUGAUGACACCACUGGCAAAUUCUACUGCAACAUUCCCGGGCUGUACUACUUCUCCUACCACAUCACAGUUUACUUGAAGGAUGUGAAGGUCAGCCUCUACAAGAAGGACAAGGCCAUGCUCUUCACCUAUGACCAGUUCCAGGACAAGAACGUGGACCAGGCCUCUGGCUCUGUGCUCCUCUAUCUGGAGAAGGGUGACCAGGUCUGGCUCCAGGUGUAUGGGGAUGGAGAGAACAAUGGGGUCUAUGCAGAUAAUGUCCAUGACUCCACCUUCACAGGCUUCCUUCUCUACCAUGACAUUGAAUGA